UUCAAAAAAAUGGCGGCCGAUUGCUUAACAACAUGUCUUCUCGAUUGCGAGUUAUAUGACAGCUGUUCAUUCGAAGAAUUUCAACAAGUAUUCCCACGAAAAUUCAGGGAUCAUUCAGAUGUUAAGGGCCUUUAUCGAACAUUUCGUAGACAGAGAAAAAUCAUACGAGAAACGGUAAGAAGAAACAUUGAAAGACGAUAUGGAGAUAAUAUGAAGAUGUUUGACUCACGGGGAAAAACUACCAAUUUGCAAUCAAUUGACACAGCUAUAGAAGAAUUGGAAAAUAUGGAGAUGGACUUACAGCAGGAAUAUGAUGAGUGUACUGAGGAAACAAACAAAUUGAAACAAGAAAUAGACGGAUUCUCUGCAAUGGUUGCUACAAAUCUGGGUCAUUUCAAAAAUAUGGCAAAAAAAUGCGAUUAUCAAACUCUGGAGAAAGUUGUAUCAAUUCUUGAAGAGACUCCAUCAGAGUGAAGUGUCAUGCACUGCUAUCGUGCAUGGAAGCACAGGGCUUACAACAGAUCACAAGUCACUAUGUAUAGAUGAUGUUUGAUACUUUCUGUUACCAGGAUAGGACUAUAGGUGUCACUAUGCUCAUAUUUAUCACUGGUUUGUUUGGUUGACUCAUCCAAGAGAAAGACUUGUGGUCAUAAAAUAUUAUGCUGUGUUGGUUGGCAGUAUACUGACUGCAGAACUACCGGUAUUACUAUAUGAAAACUAAAUACGUUCUCAGUAAAAAUGUAACAAACUUGACUAGUCAAUGGGAUGACAAUUGUAGCACAGAGGCAAGAGAUGCUGUUCAUCUAUACUGUCUGUUUAUCCACUGUCAGUCGGUAUAUAUAUCAAGUUUUUUAAUUUUCUUCACCAUUUCCGCUCACCACAAAAUCCUGCAUCAUGCAUGAAAUUGAAUAUAAAAACAGGACAAACAAAGGUCAUAGUGGUGUUAAAACAUGGUGUUAGAUUCAACAAACACAAAUGUAUU